UGCACACAGGUGUUGGUGAACAGGAGUAAGAAGAGGACACACCUCAGCUGUCUCAAUCAAUUGUGAACAAGAAAAUCAUAGACUGAGAGGAGCAAGGUCUUGCUGGAGUUGGUCAUUCAUUAUUCUCUGGAUGUGCGACAAACUACUGUCACUUCAACUCAUAGAGCUCAGCUAGAAAAUGUUUGGAUUUGUGAACAAACGUAUCCAGGACUGUCUGGCGGAACGAAGAAGCCGCAGGACCAGACUAGUGACCAAAGAUGGUCGCUGCAACAUUGAAUAUGGAAACGUAAAGUACAGCAACCACUUUGCCCUCCUUGCUGACUUCUGGACCACCUUUGUGGAGAUCCGGUGGCGUUUUGUCCUCUUCCUUUUCAUCGCCUCUUUCACUCUUAGCUGGUUUAUUUUUGGCCUAUUGUGGUACUGGAUUGCCCGCAGUAAUGGAGACCUGACGUGGCAAAAUCCCCAGUCAGACCACACUCCAUGUGUUGAUAAUGUUGUAGGACUCACCACAGCGUUCCUCUAUUCCCUUGAAACGCAAACAACUAUUGGGUAUGGUGGCAGAGCACUCACACCUUUCUGCCCAGGUGCUGUGGCCCUUCUUGUUAUCCAGUCCCUCCUUGGAGCCAUUAUCAACUGCUUCAUGUGUGGAGUCAUCCUGUCCAAAAUUUCAUUACCUAAAAAACGGGCUAAGACCAUCACAUUUAGUGAUAUGGCAGUCAUCUGCCCAAAAAAUGGUUCUCUUUGCCUGUCAAUCAGAGUGGCCAACCUGCGCAAGACCCUGAUGAUUGGAAGCCAGAUCUAUGGCAAGCUAUUGAGGACAACAAACACACCAGAUGGGGAGACAAUCAUCAUGGACCAGGUAAACAUUGACUUCAUGGUGGAUGUCGGGAAGGACAACCUCUUCUUUGUUUGUCCCCUCACACUCUACCACACCAUCGACAAAAGCAGCCCCUUUUUUGACAUGGCAGUAGACACGCUCCACAAACAGGAGUUUGAACUAGUCGUCUUCCUGGAUGGCACUGCGGAGUCCACCAGCUCUUCCUGCCAAGUCCGAACCUCCUUUAUUCCUCAGGAGAUCAUGUGGGGCUACAACUUCUUGCCCAUCAUUUCCAGAAGCAAGGAGGGCAAGUACAGAGUAGAUUUCUCCAACUUCUCCAAAGUGGUGCCAGUGGCCACUGCCCACUGUGCCUACUGUUUCCAUAACAUCAAGGGUCAUCAUCUCCACUCCAGAGAUGGACAUGACAACCAGGGCUUUGAGGUGAUUGAGAUCAGUGAUUCCUCCAAUGUAACCAAGAUGUGAGAGGAUGGAAACAUUGCAAUGCACAUCAGAAACUGAGACUGACAGAGGUUUAUAUCUCUCAUUGAUGAAUUCCUCAAGACUCUAAAGAACAAACAGGUGUUAGAGGAAAAUGGGGUCACUUUAUGGCAGAUAGCACAUUGUCUAGCAUUAAAGAAAACCUACUUGUUUGUUGUGCUAUUGUGUUGAACACAAAUAGUGCUCGUAGGCCAGGGCUCUUAUUGUGAAUCGUUUGUAUGUAAAACCACACCUGUCACUGUCUGCUCACCAAAACCUGUUUUCAAAAGGGAGGCCAGGUCAUGAGUGGCGUAGUUCAAGUAUAUAUGGAUAGUACAUAUGAACUCUUGCUUUAAAUGAAGAUGAGUGGUUCUAAUUUAUCUCUGGCCUCUCUCAUUGAGUUUUAUUGUGUAUGGAGAAGCAUAAAAAUAAAGAAAAUGUUUUGUACUGUUAGUAAAUCUUGCUAUUACUUGAAGGAUGAGUGUUGGGGGAGUGGUGCUAUUGUCGUGGGUGUGAACCUGAUAAAGUGGUUGUUCAAUAAUUUAUGCUACUGUAGUAGUGUGCUGCUGUACACAGAGAGACACUUGGACUUUAACCAUUACAGUACACUACUGAGACCAUGGGGCACUAGCAAAGGGUUGGACUUGAUGAGGGCCACUCAUCAAACAGUGAAUGAUUUAGUUGUGCUUUUCUUCUUGAAUGAAGACAUUGUGAGAGAACAAAGAUCUCAGGAUAAACUUAACACAAGGCUGCAUACAGUACUUACUAUAUGGUGUAAAAAUCAAUUCUGUUAAAUCUUUAUUGUAUUUGAUCUCAGGGGACGAAUACACUGAAAUAAAGGCUAUUUUUGCAUUC